AAAAAUAAACGUUCCUCAGUGGCGGGCUGAUGGCAUUUUGUUGGAAACUUGUAGAAAUAAAUAUAAACUGUAAACAAAGUUGAAAUAGUAUUUCUAGUGCAUGGGAAUUAACGUGACUUCAAAAUGAGUCACUUUGAAUUUGCUAUACCAGUGCAAAAAGACGAAUUAUUAGAAUCUCACGCAGGACAAUAUCAUGUAGAAGAUGUCGUACAACAACGGGUACUUUUAUCCAAACUGCAAGAGGCCGCACGAGCUUUUAACGCGGAAGGAGUUGAAUUCAUAUUAGAACACUUUGAUACUUACUUCUCAAUCUUAGUUCAUGGUAGCAAACUGGAAUGGAAUGUUAUAAACAAAGGUUUUGAACAUAUAGUCAGAGCAAGCAAAAGUCUCUGUAACCACAUGGAUCUUGUAUUGCAAGAGCCAGAAAUAGACGCAGAUGUUAGAGUAAAGAAUUUGAAUAUUCUCAAAAUGAUGAUGUAUCUGUUCACUCAGAUUAUGAAGACUAAAGACACUAAAUUGGCUGCCGAUAACUCUACGAAGCUAACACUUGGUAAAAAAGGCAAGAAAGCAACCGAUGACGAAGAGUUCUGUGGUUGGACCGAGUCUGAUAAGCAAGCAGCUCUGGUUACACUUAACUUGGUGCUCCAACAACCACUUUCCAAGUUGUGGGACCCUCCAUUGGCUGAGGAUAACUUUGUAUCAAUGGUGGCAGAGCCCUGUUACAAAGCAUUAGAAGAACAAAUAAUAAAGAACAAGUCAGUCAGAGAAACUGUAUUCCAAGUGCUUGGUGUGCUGAUUAAGAAGUACAACCAUGGCACCUCCUGCCUUAUAAAGCUGGUUCAGGUACUACAAAUGGUGGAGCAUGCAGUAUCGCCAAUAUGUGCUGGAGUUGUACAACUAACCAAAGAAUUUGGACUUGGAACAUUUGGACCACAAAUGGUUCGUGAAAUAGCAGAAGCAUUAGCUUCGUCGGACGAUGAGAAUGCCGGCGCGGGCGCCGAGCAGGGAGCCGCCAGGAACUGUGGAGCAUUCCUCCUUGAGCUCACCAAGGAACUUCCCAAGGAGAUGACAAGUGCCAUUGCAACUAUACAACCGUAUUUGGAAAGUGAUGAGUCAUACACCCUUCGCAUCAGCGUGCUUGGUAUGAUGUGUGAAGUACUAAGCGUGGAGCUGACCGGCGAGGGCCUGACGGAUGAGCAGCGCAUACAGCGAGACGACUUCUUAGACGACCUGUAUGAACACAUGCAUGAUCUGUCGGCAUAUGUGCGGCAUAAGGUGCUUCAGUUUUGGUGUCGACUACAAAGAGAGAACUGUGUGCCCGUGAAUAGACAACGCACGGUGCUUGAGCGAGCUAUUGGUCGACUCAAGGAUAAAGCCGCUCUCGUCAGAAAGGCUGCUAUUCAACUGCUUAAGAUAUUCUUGGAAUGCAAUCCAUUUUCCGCACAACUAAAACUGGAAGUACUUGAAGAACAAUUGAAAACUGAGCAAGAAAUAUUAGAUGAUUUGCAAAAGAAGCUAAAUCCGGGACCAGAUCCUGAAUUGGUAAAAAAAUGGGAUAGCAUUGAAAAUGAUGUUGUAAGCGCCAUCAAGAAAGGCAUGGAUGUACUAACACAAGAUGAACCUGAAUUAUCACAGGCGUCUUUAGAAAACUUAUAUGAUGCGAUACGUAAGCAUUUACAUGAUAAGAAUUACUACAAGGCGUAUCUUAUUGUGAAGCAUACUGAGAGACAAUAUCCUGAUGCCAAGUUGCUGAGAUGUGAAAUGGAGAAGAGUGAUCAGAUCGCCUAUUUCGUAGCCCUACUCCGCAAUAUAUUCGUAAUACCAGAGAGAGGUACCACAUCUCUAACACAGCAAUGUGAGCAAGAACUCGCUAUGUACAAGCGUUUAGAAGAAAAAGAGAACAUAGUGGCUUUCUUACAAGAGUCUGUGUAUUUCUGUCGCAUGGUGUCUGAAGCUGUACCACUUAUAAACUCGCUGUUGAUGUCUAAACAAGCCGGGGAUGUCAGUGAAGCUAUAGACUUCUUUACCACGGCCCAUCAUUUUAAUAUAGAGUCGGCUAAAGUUGGAGUCGCUAAUAUGUUGCUGCUUGUUUGGUCGCCGGAUCAGGAUAAGCGCGAGGCAGUAGAGCGCGCAUACCGCGAGAUGUACCUGGAGUGCGAGAACAAGGCGGAGCGGGCGCGGUGCUUCGCCGUCGCCAAGCAGCUCGUGUCGCUUGUGGCACACGUCGACCGCGGCAGUGCACUCGCGCUCGAACAUCUCGUCGAUAAGUGGGUGGAUAAGGGAGAUAUCAGUCCAGCUAUUAUACAGGUCUUUUGGGAGAUGUUUUUAAAAAAGAUCGACGGUACAACAGAUGCGGACAGCUACGCCGCACUAAAUCUUCUAGUGAUGGUCGCCAAAGCCAAACCUUCUGUAGCCUUAGCUAAUCUCGACGUCAUACAAUCCCACGGACUUACUGCAGAUUACAACUCGAGAAACUUGUCCGUGCAACUACUGUUACCAUUAGCGAAAAAGACCCAAAGAUAUCCUGUCGAACAUCCAAUCUUUACGUCACUGUUCGACAGUUUAAUGGAAACUUUCUCCAAGUUGGAUAGAUUCACGGCAUUUGCUGCUAACUCUAUAGAUCUCAUAUACGCAAUUUGUGAUACUCCUGAAAUUGUCAGUGCGAAGAUUUUAGCAGAAAUGUACAAGCAAGUUGAGGAUACCAUAGUGAAAGAUAUUGAUAGUGAAGAGGAAAUUACCCUGCCGACGGAGUUACUAACUCGCUUCGUGUUCGUGUUAGGACAAGUGGCGCUACAGCAGCUCAUAUAUCUUGAUAUCAAUGUGUACAGCGAGCUCAGGAGGAGGAAUCAGGUUCGCGAAGAACGUAAAGUCGAAGAGAAACGUAAGAAGAAAGCGGGUGUGUUCGCGACGCCGGGGAAGCGCGGACGAGUGGACGACCUGCGCCGACAGACGCUCAUGAACGUCAGCAACGCCAGCGCCUCCUCGCGGCAACAGCGCUCCGCUAGCGUAACUUCCAACAAAGGACCAUCGGUGAACACGACGAUGACGGAGGAGGAGGCAGGCCUGGAGGGCGCGGUGGCGGACGACGCGGACGCGGAGUACGUGCGCGGCGUGUGCGAGCGCGACAUUGUCGGCGCGGCCACUGCGCUCGCGCGCUACGUGCCGCUGCUGCGCUGGCUGCUUGCCAACCCUGCUAAGGUCUCGUCGGCUCUGCAGGCCGCCGCCGCUCUUUCAUAUACCAGGUUCAUGCUGGUUUCCAACGCCGUGUGCGAGGAAGGUCUACAGCUGAUGGUGACAGUUCUCAAGAAGUCUAAGAAUGUGUCGUUAAGGACCAACUUAACUAUCGCAUUCGCCGACCUCACGUUGCGGUUCCCUAACCUUACACAACCAUGGACUCAUCAUAUUUAUCAUAUUCUAAGUGACGAAGAGUUAGAAGUACGUCAAUGCGCGGUUAAAAUGCUGUCGUUCUUAGUUCUACACGAGAUGGUGCGAGUGAAGGGACAGAUCGCCGACAUGGCGCUGUGUUGCGCAGACAAAGACGCCCGCGUCGCUUCCAUGACCAAACUGUUCUUCAAAAAUCUGUCGCAGAAAGGCAACGCCUUGUAUAAUGUAAUGCCUGACAUUAUAUCGAGGCUAAGCGACCCUGAUCUAAAUGUACCUGAGGAGCAAUACAGAGUUAUUAUGAAAUACAUAACAUCGCUUAUACAAAAAGACCGCCAAAUGGAGGCUCUAGUAGAAAAGCUAUGCCAAAGAUUCAAGCUGUCUACAGAAGAGAGGCAAUGGCGAGACCUCGCAUACUGCCUGUCACUGUUCACGUACAACGAGAGGUCGCUACGAAAGCUCAUAGAGAACCUCGACUGUUACAAAGAUAAACUACACUGUUCUGGAGUCAUGGAGUCAUUCAACACGCUAAUGAAUAACACGUCGAAAAUGGCUCGUAAUGAAAUUAAGACUUUAGUGACCGAGUUGGGCGACAAGAUAGAAGAAUGCUUUGCGGUGCGUGACGGUGAGGAGGGCAACACUGAAGAGAACAGUGAGGGUGGCGCCGCCAGCGGGUCGCCGCCGCUACGCAGCCAGCCCGUCCGCGCCACGCCGCGCCGCAAGCCCGCGCCACGCCGGAACAGGCGACGCUCUUCUUCUAGCCCAGACGAGAAUGAAACACCCAAUACCCAAGAUACCCCGAGUGUCAGGAAAUCGAGUCGGAGAGCUGCGACAAGGAACAAUAAAACAGCGAACGUGUCAGAUGAUUCAGAUGAAGACUUCCAGAAAAAGGAAGACGAUGAAGUAUUCAAAAAACCAAUAGCAAAGAAAACUACACGUAGAAGAAAAUGAAAUAAGUUAAUCUGUUGAUUGAAUAUAAUAUUAAUUCUCAAAA